UACUAGUGCUACUACUACUUGUGAGGAGCGAGUUACCAGCUGCUGGCUGCAGGUGGCUGGCUGGCUUAGGUUUAGAUGGACACCCUCUUCAGGUUGGUUAGCUUCCACCACCACCACCACCAUCACCACCAGGCGGCCUCCUCGUCGCCGGACCAGCCGCACAAGUCGCGUGGGAGCAGCAGCUCCUCCUCCUCCUCCUCUUCCCACUACACCCACAACCACUCCUACUACCACUACUCCCACUCCCACUCCCACUCCCACUACAACACCAACACCAACAAUAAUAGCACCAACACCAACGCCGACGGCGACGGCGACGGCAGCUACUACUACCACCACCACCACGACGGGAGUGGUGGCGCCGGCGGAGGAGGGGGCUACUACUACGCGGGGGAGCGGCCGGCGGCGUACCUAGAAGAAUGCGGCAAAGGCCACCGCUUUUACAUGGAUGAAGACUUCUCCUCCUCGUCUUCCUCACGCCAGUUCCACUCGGGGACGGGUGCUCCCCAGCAGCAGCAGCAGCCGUCGGGGGCACCCACGCCGCCGGCGCCUCCUCCUCCUCCGUCGACGUCUUCGCCCGCGGGCGGGCACGGGCUGUUCGAGGCGGCGGACUUCUCGUUCCCGCAGGUUGAUAUCAGCCUCGACUUCGGCUCCCCGGCGGUGUCGUCGUCGUCGGGUGCUGGCGGCGCCGGGGCAGCGUCGUCGUCGUCGUCGGGGAGGUGGGCGGCUCAGCUGCUGAUGGAGUGCGCGCGCGCGGUGGCCGCGCGCGACAGCCAGCGCGUGCAGCAGCUCAUGUGGAUGCUCAACGAGCUGGCCUCGCCGUACGGCGACGUGGACCAGAAGCUGGCGUCCUACUUCCUGCAGGGGCUCUUCGCGCGGCUCACCACCUCCGGCCCGCGCACGCUGCGGACGCUCGCCGCCGCGUCCGACCGGAACGCGUCGUUCGACUCCACGCGCCGCACGGCGCUCAAGUUCCAGGAGCUUAGCCCGUGGGCGCCGUUCGGGCACGUCGCCGCGAACGGCGCCAUACUUGAGACGUUCCUGGAGGCCGCGGCGGCUGGCGCCUCGUCGUCGUCGUCCUCAUCGUCGGCCCAGCCGCCGCGGCUGCACAUCCUCGACCUGAGCAACACGUUCUGCACGCAGUGGCCGACCCUGCUUGAGGCGCUGGCCACGCGGUCGUCGGACGACACGCCGCACCUGUCCAUCACCACAGUGGUGCCCACGGCGGCGCCGUCGGCGGCCGCGCAGCGCGUGAUGCGAGAGAUCGGGCAGCGCCUCGAGAAGUUCGCGCGUCUGAUGGGCGUCCCGUUCCGCUUCCGAGCGGUGCACCACGCCGGGGACCUAGCCGACCUCGACCUCGCCGGUCUGGACCUCCGAGAGGGCGGCGCCACCACCGCGCUCGCCGUCAACUGCGUAAACGCGCUGCGCGGUGUCGCGUCCGGCGGCGCGCGAAGGCGCGACGCGUUCGUGGCGUCGCUCCGCCGCCUGGAGCCACGCGUGGUCACCGUCGUGGAGGAGGAGGCCGACCUGGCGGCUUCGGAGGCAGACUCCUCGUCGGAGUCCGACACCGAGGCCACGUUCAUGAAGGUGUUCGGCGAGGGCCUCCGCUUCUUCUCGGAGUACAUGGACUCCCUCGAGGAGAGCUUCCCCAAGACAAGCAACGAGAGGCUGGCACUGGAGAGAGCGGUCGGCCGUGCCAUCGUCGACCUCGUGUCCUGCCCAGCGUCGGAGUCCUCCGAGCGGCGAGAGAACGGCGCGUCGUGGGCGCGGCGCAUGCGGUCCGCCGGGUUCACGCCAGCGGCGUUCAGCGAGGACGUCGCCGACGACGUGCGGUCCCUGCUGCGGCGUUACCGGGAGGGCUGGUCGAUGCGGGACGCCAGCGGCACAGACGCCGACGCCGCCGCAGCCGGAGCCUUCCUUGCAUGGAAGGAGCAGCCAGUCGUGUGGGCAAGCGCGUGGAAGCCAUGAAAUCAAUCCAAGCUCGAACACCGCCAUUGAUUGCUUUCAUCCAUGUAACGAACGAUGCAUGCAUGCAAUACACCAUUAAUGGAUCGCACGUGCGAAUGGGAGGCAGCGGUGUGCACUUAGGGUUUUCGAGAACGUCCCGUCCGCACGGAGAUGUGUAGGGGAGGAGGAGGUAGAGCUAAACACAUCAGAUUGGGUUAAGUUAAUUAAUUCAUCACGAGUUAAUUAAUUGACAUUUGUUGUUCUUGCAUUGCAUAUAUAGAUAUGCUUCCUUCGAUUGUUUUUCGUAGCUUUUUUGUGAAGGUAUCUCGAUC